AUUGGAAUAAAGUUUUGACGUUUUAGUUGACAGUUGAUAUUCGUGUUCCGACUGGCGUUUGUUGUUCUUACAGAAAAUGAAAAAAUAAUUCUCUUUUCAUUUAAAAUAAGUUGUUAUUGUUGUAUGUGUGAGAGUUAAAACAGGGUAUAUCUAAAUAUGAGUAAUAUUUACAUCCAAGAACCGCCUGCUCUAGGCAAGGUUCUGCUAAAGACCUCUGCAGGUGAAAUUGAUAUUGAGUUAUGGACUAAAGAAACACCGAAAGCCUGUCGAAACUUCAUACAACUCUGCUUGGAAGGAUAUUAUAAUGGUACAAUCUUCCAUAGAGUAGUGCCAGGGUUCAUAGUGCAGGGAGGUGAUCCAAAUGGAGAUGGGACUGGAGGGGAUUCUAUUUAUGGAGAACCUUUUAAGGAUGAAUUCCAUUCCCGCCUACGUUUCAACCGGCGAGGUCUGGUUGCAAUGGCCAAUGCGGGCAAAGAUGACAAUGGAUCACAAUUCUUUAUUACGCUUGCGGCAACACCUGAACUACAAAAUAAACACACUAUAUUUGGAAAAGUUACUGGAGAGACAAUAUACAAUGUUCUGAAGCUGGCUGAGGGACUUAUAGGCCCUGAUGACCGACCAGAGCACCCACACAAGAUCACAAGCACUACGGUGUUGAUCAACCCUUUCACUGACAUAGUGCCACGCGUGACUGAGGCUAAAGUUGAAGAGGCCCCGAAAAAGAAGAAGAAAGAACGACAGGGCAUUAAAAAUUUCGGCUUGCUUUCUUUUGGCGAGGAGGCUGAAGAAGAUGAGGGUGAGGCUCAAGAGUACCGCGGCAAGCCGAAGUCUACACAUGACCUGCUAGAAGACCCCAAACUAAGCAAAAAGACUGCUGCAGAGUUAGAGCUAGAACAAGAUUCAAAUAUGGAACUAUCAAAUAAAGAAGAAGAAAUAAAGAAAGAAGAAACUGCAGCAGCAGUAAGCAAUAUUAGAGAUAAAUUGAGUUCUAAAAAGAGAGAAAGAAGUUCGGAUAGAGAUAGUAAGAGAAGAAAGGAAGAAGAAGAAGAAAAGGAGAGUGAGUCUGAAGAAGAAUAUUAUAUUGGCAAGGAGAGGGAUAUGGAACGCCAGAAAGAAAGGGAUAGAAUAAGAGGCGAGAUCAGACAAUUGAAGAAGGAGAUGAAAGGCUCCAAAGAAGAGAAAGUUAAAGAACAAACUGAUAAAGAAGAUACGAAAUUAAAGACAUUGGAAGAAGACAAUGAAAUGUAUAAAAAAUUUGUAGAAGAGCAAGAGAAAUAUAAGAAAAUUAAAGAGAAGAUACCAAAGAAGGGUGCUGCCAGACACCGUCGAACGAAGGUCGAACGAAAACCACCGAAAAGAAAACCGUGGGUGAAGAAUUUAUACGAAAAUCGAGAUUAUCCGGACAAUUACACCGAUUCUAAAUUCUUAGAGGAUCUUCGCAAGAACUUACACGUUGAAAAAGUCGGAUUAUACGAAGCUAUAAUAGGAUCGUUUCGAGUCGCUAUACGAUUAUGUAUAUGUGUUCUUUAUGCUGUGUUAUUCGUCUAUAUGUACAAUAACUGGAUAAAUACACAAACAGUUAUUUAUCUGUCAUCAACCGUUACCGCUAUCAGUUAUUUGCUAUACGUUACCGCUGAAGGAAGUGCUAUUUUGAGACAUUUACAAACGGUAUUAGUAUAUAUCGUUUUUGGUUAUUUGCUAUCACCGAUUUUGCAUACAUUAACUGAUACGGUCAGUACAGACACAAUAUAUGCAUGGGCUGUUAUUAUGAUGGUGAUUCAUUUGAUGUUUUUUGAUUAUGAUGUUCCAGCAGCGUUUGUUUCAAAGUCUCUGUCAAUAAAUGCGGCCAUUUUUGGCUCAGUCUGUCUAGUUUCUCGCCUGUCUACUCCUUUCGAUGCCUUUAUAUUAUUAACAGUUUCGGUUUUGUUCUUUGUUUUAAGCCCACAGUUGUUUAAAGUAUAUUUACGGACGAAGUUAUUUAUACUGCUAUUUUUAAUAACGUUAUUAUUAACGGUUGUAACGUUGUACACAGUUUCAGUAACGUUAUUGUGGUAUUUUAUUGCGGUUGUCAGUGUAUUGUGUGUGUACUGCCCUGUAAUGUUUGUAAAGUGGCAGAAAUAUAAGGAUAACAUACACGGGCCGUGGGAUGAGGCGGUUAUUAACGAUUCUGACGAUUUAGAGGAAUGUUUAGGGAGUGAAGUUAGGUGAUAUUGAUGAUUUACGCGAUGAUUUUUAUGUGUGUUUCUUUUAUGUUGAGAUAAAUGUGUUUGCUUAUGUUGUGUAUAAUAUGAAUAUGUAAUUAUUUCGAUGAAAUGUGAUUCAUAAUCAAAUUGAUUCCAAAGAUGAAUAUAGCGAGAAUAUUAAUUUUUAUUUCUUGACAUAUUUGUAAUUUUUAAACGCUAGUUUAUUCU